AUGGCUCUUCCAAAACCAGCUUUUAAGUCUGGCCUAUUUCUUCCGUCUAACUUUACCUCUCGUUAUGCUACAAACUCUCUUCCUAGGUUCAGCAUACCAAAGAACUCAAUGCCAAAAGAAGCCGCGUACCAGAAGAUACGCGAUGAGUUGCAGCUGGAUGCUAAUCCAAAGUUGAACUUAGCUUCCUUUGUGACCACAACCAUGGAGGAAGAAUGCAACAAACUUAUCAUGGAAUCCAUCAACAAGAAUUACGUUGACAUGGAUGAGUAUCCAGCUACCACCGAUCUUCAUAACCGAUGUGUGAACAUGAUAGCGCGUUUGUUCAGUGUUGAGAUUGGAGAAAACGAGAGUGCAAUUGGUGCAGGAACAGUUGGAUCAUCUGAGGCCAUAAUGCUGGCAGGACUUGCAUUCAAGAAAAAGUGGCAGAACAAACGUAAGGCUGAAGGAAAAUCUUACGAUAAGCCCAACUUGGUCGCUGGGGCUAAUGUGCAGGUGUGUUGGAAGAAAUUUGCUAGAUAUUUUGAGGUGGAACUGAGGGAAGUGAAAUUGAGAGAAGAUUACUAUGUAAUGGAUCCUGCCAAAGCUGUUGAGAUGGUAGAUGAGAAUACAGUAUGUGUGGCUGCAAUCUUAGGUUCAACUUAUAAUGGAGAAUUUGAAGAUGUGAAACUCUUGAAUGAUCUCUUGUUAGAGAAAAACAAACAAACUCAAUGGGAUACACCAAUUCAUGUGGAUGCUGCAAGUGGUGGUUUUAUUGCUCCUUUCUUAUAUCCAGAGCUAGAAUGGGAUUUCAAACUUCCAUUAGUGAAGAGCAUAAAUGUUAGUGGCCAUAAGUAUGGCCUUGUUUAUGCAGGAAUUGGUUGGGUUAUAUGGAGGUCAAAAGAAGACUUGCCUGAAGAUCUUAUUUUCCAUAUUAACUACCUUGGAGCUGACCAACCCACAUUCACCCUAAAUUUUUCAAAAGGUUCAAGUCAGAUAAUUGCUCAAUAUUAUCAACUAGUUCGUCUUGGUCAAGAGGGUUACCGGAGUAUAAUGGAGGAUUGCAGAGAAAAUGCAAUGGUUUUGAAGCAACACUUGGAAGAGACUGGAUACUUUAACAUACUCUCAAAAGACAAUGGAGUUCCCAUGGUAGCAUUUUCUCUCAGGGACAGAAACCAGUAUGAUGAAUUCAAGAUAUCGGAGAUGUUGCGACGCCAUGGUUGGAUUGUUCCGGCCUAUCCAAUGCCAGCAGGUGCUCAACAUAUCAACGUGCUUCGUGUGGUUAUCAGAGCUGACUUUUCACGCACACUUGUUGAACGUCUUGCAGUUGACAUAAAGAAUGUAUUGCAUGAGCUUCAGAAACUUCCCCUCAAGAUUAAGGAUCAGAAGUCAUUGGAUGCAUUCACUGAAGUCAUUGCUCAAGAAUCCAACAAGUGUCAGAAAAUCAUAAAGAAAAGAAUCUUAAUUAAGUAG